CCCCAAGUGAUUUCUUAGAAAACGAAACUCCUAAUUUCCUGUAGCCUGAGCAGAUUUCCACGCCCACAUUUCAGGGUCUUGUUCCUCUGCCGCCCCCUCGCUUGUGUACCAGUGUAAAGCUGACAGUUUCGUUUCACAUUUUUCUCGGCUCUGCACACCCGGACUGCACGGACAUCCUCCGAGUUCCAGACCCUGCUUUCAAAGUACAAGUUAAAGUCAGUGGUAAGGUAGUGCUGCUAAUGGAGCCUCAUGACUGCUGACUCGUGAUUCUAAUCUGCAGGGACAAGGUUCGAGGUUGUUGACUGAAGGGAGUCCUUACAGAGAGCAAGACAGGAGCAGCUUAGUGCAGAAAUGGCAGCAAACACUUCUGAUCUGGAGGCAGAUCUUUCCUGUGCUGUGUGCCGUGAGAUUUUCAAGAAUCCAGUAACUCUUCAUUGUAACCACAGCUUUUGUAAAGCAUGUCUGGAUCAGUGCUGGAAAGAGAAGAGAGUUCGGGAAUGUCCCGUGUGCAGGAGGAGGGCUUCAAUGGAGGAGCUUCCUGUGGAUUUCAAGCUCAGGAAUAUUGUGGAGUCCUUCUUAAAGGAACGCAGUCAGAAUCCUCCAGCACCUACUGGAAUAUGCAGUCUGCAUGAUGAAAAACUGAAGCUGUUCUGUGUGGAUGAUAAAGAGGCUGUCUGUCUUGUGUGUCAAACUUCAGAGAAACAUGAGAAGCACAAGUUCCGUCCUGUUCAGGAGGCUGCACGGGAUUAUAAGGGAGAACUCAAGACUGCGCUGAAGCCCUUGCAGGACAAGCUGGGAUCCUUUAAUAAAGUUAAAAACGAAUGUGAUGAAACAGCAAAGCACAUCAAGAAACAAGCCCAGCAAACAGAGAGGCAGAUAAAGGAGGAGUUUGAGAAACUUCACCAGUUUCUACGAGAUGAAGAAAAGGCCAGGAUAGCUGCACUGAGGAGGGAAGAGGAACAAAAGGGAAGAAUCAUGAAAGAGAAGAUUGAAAAACUUACAAGAGAAAUCUCAUCCCUUUCAGACACAAUCAGAGUGAUAGAAGAGGAGAUGAAAGCUGAAGACAUCAUCUUCCUGCAGAAGUACAAAGACACACAGAGAAGAGCCGAGUGCACACUGCAGGAUCCACAGUGUGUUUCAGGAGCGCUGAUAGAUGUAGCCGAGCACCUGGGCUCUCUGAAGUACAAAGUGUGGGAGAAGAUGCUGGGGAUUGUUCAAUACACUCCAGUGAGUCUGGAUCCCAACACAGCACACCCUGCUCUGAUACUGUCUGAGGAUCUAACAAGUGUGAGUCUCAACAAGGAGAGACAGCAGAUUUCUCACAACCUAGAGCGGUUUGAUCACUCUGCUUGUGUGCUGGGCUCUCAGGGAUUCACUUCAGGGAGACACUGCUGGGACGUGGAACUGGGGAGCAAUAGUUAUUGGUUUCUGGGUGUGACUAAAGAGUCCAGCCAGAGGAAAGGGAAAUUCACUCUGAGCCCAGGAACAGGAUACUGGGUUAUAGCCCUGUUGGAUGGGGAUCAGUACUGGGCAGGGACCUCACCACAGACACGACUCACUGUGGAGAAGAAACCCCAGAAGAUCAGAGUUCAGCUGGACUGUGACGGGGGGGAGGUGGCAUUCUUUGACUCCAGUGAUAUGAGAAAACCUCUCUACACUUUUAAACACAGAUUUACUGAGAGAAUGUUUCCAUAUUUCUCUCUUGGCUCUUCUGCCCCCUUCAGAGUGUGCCCUGUGAAGACAGUUAUAAAAGUGGACUAGCCCAAUUUGUGACCCUCAUUUAGCAUUUGCCUUUUUGAGCCUUUCUACACAUGUGCAAAACUUAGACCUUCAAGGCAAGGCUCUCUGUGGAGAUUCAUUUAAAACUACAGGACGCCAAUUGUAUUUUUAUUUUUUUUUAGAAAACUGCAAACAGUAAUUUUAGUUUAAAUGUGUUGUCAUCUUAAUUAUCGAAGUGUAUUGCACAGUAUUUCUUUGUUUAAAAAGGUGACAUUGUAAUGUAUAUUCAUGUUUAUUUUUUAUGAUAAAUACAUUUUAAUUUCAGGAGUUUUCUCGCUGUAUUUUAUUUUAUUUUAAUAUAAAUAUUUUAAAAACAUUUUGUUGGUAUAUUUCUUGUCUAUGCAUAAACGCUGAGACUGUGUUUCUGUAUUUUUUGAUAGACAAAUGAAGUAAUAAAUAUUGAUUAUCGAGUGAA